AGGGCCAUGUUUUAGUAAAAGCGAACACCCAUCAUGUUUAUGUACAACGAAUAUGUUGAUGGAUAGCAUAUAAUUGCGGUCCAUUUUAUUCAUCCCCGGCUAGACUUAGAAGUUACGUGUACUAGUACCCUUCUACGAAGCCAGAGGCUUCUAGUAGCUGAUUAUAUUGGAGCUUAGUUACGACCAGCAACCGCAAAAUUAGAAUCAGCACCGGCGAAGGCGGCGCAAAGAACAGUCGCUGCUGCACUCGCAGUGCUUUCCGCAGUUCGAAGAUGAAGCGAGGUUUUUUCUGGGCUAGUAUGAAUCACCUUCAGCUUCAUAUCAUCAUCUCCCAAAGUGCGCUUUUUCAAGAGCUUUGCUUUCCGAAUAUGCGUUCUGCUUUUAUCGGCUAUCACGCGACUGUCUCCGCGUUUCGCGUUGAGGUCAAGAAGGAGAUGAACACGGGUAAGGAAAAUGAUAAGAAAAAUUCCGCACACGAGGACCACAGUCACCAUCAACAAGAAGAACGGCACCAGAAAAUAAAUAAACACUCCGCGGAACAACACGAGGCUAGCACAAAAACAAGUGAAAAGGCAUCCACUAGAUCCCACUCCGCACAAGAACCACAGGACUGGCAGAAUGAGCCUUGGCAAGCGCACAUGAACUACGUCUACGAGCACCAAUGCGAAACUGCGACCGACGUCGAAAUCCUGAGCCAAGAUCCGCGGGUGUUCAAGCCCACAGAUGAUCACGCCGCCUCCCCAACAAUCAUUUCCAGCCGAGAAUGUAGACAGCAGUGCCAAAGAACGCCCGGGUGCGUCGGCUGGCACUUUUUUGAAAAGGGCGCGAAAGUGCACCACUGGACGGCGGAUCUCGUUGCCCUGACACGAAGGAGCGCAGAUUCAUCCACUGCGUACGACUCCGGCGACGCGGUGAUCGCGGAGUUCCUGGGUGAAGACACCUUCGACCUCGCGACCGAGGCGCAGUGUCGGUUUUUGCCGUCGUCAGAAAAGUAUCCUCUGCAAAAGUAUCGUACUCGUAUUGCAAUCAUGCAUUACAAGUUUUCUUCUCAAGGUAAAUCCGCAUUACAAAUUUUAUUUUUCAUGCUGAGGGAAUUUGUCAUGCAUUUAUACGAGUACGAUACUUUUGCAGUUCAUAAAAAGGAGGUUUUGGAAAACCUCGUGUGGCGGCGCAACUCACCGGGGCACGAGAGUGGGUUUUGCUCCCCUGGGGUUUUGCUCCACAAAAGGAAGGCAGACGCCGACAACGUGUGGACCUAUGAGAAGAAAUGCGAGUCGAAGCACGCCCAUCUGACCGUGACCGGAUUUGAGGAGGCGAACCAAGCAACGUUAGAGAUGUGCCAACGUAUGUGCGAGACGUCGGGGAAAUGCUUUUUCUACGACUUUCUGGGCGCCGGCCCAGAGUACGGCGCGGCUACCUCCGCUACAGGCGGAGCAGACGAGCAGAAUAAUGCUAAACCUGUGUGCCAAAUCGGCACUGACCCGAUGGCGGCCGUGAAUGAGGAAACGCAGCACCCCGGGAAGCACAUUGGGGGAAGGUGUGGGACGUGGAAAACCUGCGCGGGCGUCCCGGGAAAGUUGCACACGCUUGCCGACGAGCUGCGAAAAAAAAAGAUCCCGGACAAUAUGGCGCCCUCGCCGCUGGCGUGUGCGUUGACGUGUGAACAAGAGGAAAACUGCCACAGCUUCGUCUACGAAUUAUCAACUCACAUGUGCACGCUUCACAGCGGGCCCCAGGUUGAGAUGCGCGGGUUACCUUCAAACGCGCCGAGGAAGCAGGGCUUCGCGAGCGGGAAUUGUCACUUUUCCACACAAGUGCCAGAUAAUGCACACGCGUUCUUCGAAAGCGUGCGGGCAAGGAGUUCGGACGUGGACGCGCAGCACCUGCUCGCGUUGACGAAAACGCCGAGCAAGGACUACAGCGAGGUUUUGCAAGAGACCCUGUCGAACGGGGUGACGUCGCAUAAUUCGGUCAGCGAAAUCCACGCGGAGCUGGCCGACGAAAUAGCGGGAUUGUCCUCCGCCGCAAGCGCGCAACAGGGCUCGACGGUGAAUAAAAACAGCACCCUGGCCGGUGGAGAAACCCCGACGAACCAGACGGAGAACAUUUUGCUUCUUGUCAGCCUGAUCGUGUCGGUCAUUUUCCUCGUCGGUGGGACCAUCGUCAUCGUGCGGUUCUGUCAGAGCGACGCCGACAGCCCCUUCGCGGACGUGAUUGACCGACGCCACCCGGAAAAUCCGCACCAUCACCACGGCACCCGCAGGUACUACGAAGAGGAGCAGAUGGAGAACAACCAGAACUAUGAUUACAAGCCCUCGCAGGCAUACGGUUACGACGAAGUUGGCAAGGGAGAUGCAGCCGGGAUUAGCACUACUCCGAACCGCGCUGCGCAGCUGCUCCAGCAGCAGCAGCAGCAGCGCGGCCCCAGCGUUUCGCCGCGAGGUGGAGGACCAAGUAAGGGCGGGCAAAAGGACGGAGGGGCGGGCAAAUACUAGCACCAGGAUUGUGCUCACCGAGUGAGAAGGACUGCUCUACUUCUCAGCCCAAAAACUCCUGACGAGUAGUUUUCGUCCGCAUGAAGAAGAUGUCAGUGAUUUAUUAGACCAGCUGCAUCCUACUUUUUUUUUCAUGAUUGGUCAAUUAUGCGAUAGAAACCAACGAGCAUUGGUUGGUAGAAGAGUUGUCGCAUCACGAUAUCAUUAUCAAACUUUUAC